AUAAUCUUAACCCCCUCCCAUUUCGGCCAUAUUCAUUAUUAUUUUUUGUAAUAUUGCCAGACCGAAUAGUGCGAUCCGAUCUCCGUAUACAGCCUAACAAUACUGCCGACCUGUCGUCUUCGUUGCCGAGGAGGCACGUCCGUCCGAUAAACUGUUAUACAAUAUCCACCGGGCACCGGUAUAUCGAUUCGUCCGUCGUCAGUUGUACACCAGCAGCUGCCAAGUAUGCACUACUUGUCUCCUCUCUGAUUGCCUGUUAUUUAUUAUUUAAUUUUAGUUUUAGGUGUGCCGCUCAGUUUUUGGUCAAUUUUCAUUUCAUUUUCUUUUAUUAUUUAUUUUAUUUUUGUCUCCUAUACAUACAUAGUCAUCCUUGUCAUCAUGUACAAUCUUAGCCGCUUAGGACGUAAUGUGUCGGAAUGUGUCCUAAGGACGACGUCCAUAUCCUCUGCUCGUGGACUCCAUGAGAUGCCUGAUCACCUCAAGGAUGUACCUACGGCCGAGAAUCCACGAUUCUUUGACAUGGUGGAAUAUUUCUUCCAUCGUGCGUGUCAGGUGGCUGAGGACAAGCUCGUCGAGGACAUCAAAGCCAAGAUGUCUGUGGAAGACAAGAGAAAAAAAGUUAAGGGAAUAUUGUUGGGCAUGCAGCCAUGCGAUCACAUACUGGAGACAUCUUUCCCAGUUCGCAGGGACAGCGGUGACUAUGAGAUGAUCACUGGUUAUCGUGCACAGCACAGUACACAUAGAACACCAUGUAAAGGAGGUAUUCGAUUUUCUUUGGAUGUUUCUCGUGAUGAAGUGAAAGCUUUAGCUGCUUUAAUGACUUUUAAGUGUGCAUGUGUUGAUGUACCAUUUGGAGGUGCAAAAGCAGGCAUUAAAAUAAAUCCAAAGUUGUAUUCAGAAAAUGAAUUAGAGCAAAUUACCAGGCGGUUCACAUUGGAAUUGGCUAAAAAAGGAUUUAUUGGACCCGGUGUAGAUGUACCUGCACCAGAUAUGGGAACUGGUGAACGUGAAAUGUCAUGGAUAGCUGAUACAUAUGCUAAAACUAUAGGGCAUUUAGACAUUAACGCUCAUGCUUGUGUAACUGGUAAGCCAAUUAAUCAAGGUGGAAUUCAUGGUCGUGUAUCAGCUACUGGUAGAGGUGUUUUCCAUGGAUUAGAAAAUUUCAUUAUGGAGGCCAAUUAUAUGAGUUUAAUUGGUACUACACCUGGAUGGGGUGGAAAAACUUUUAUUGUUCAAGGUUUUGGUAAUGUUGGGUUACAUUCAAUGCGUUAUUUGCAUAGAGCAGGCGCUACAUGCAUUGGUGUUAUUGAACAUGAUGGUUCUAUUUAUAACCCAGAUGGCAUUGAUCCUAAAGCAUUAGAAGAUUGGAGAAUUGACAAUGGUACUAUUUUAGGAUUCCCAGGUGCUCAGCCGUACACGGGUGAAAACCUUAUGUAUGAACCUUGUGAUAUAUUAGUACCAGCUGCUACCGAAAAAGUUAUAACAUCAGCUAAUGCUCAUAAGAUCCAAGCAAAAAUUAUCGGUGAAGCUGCUAAUGGCCCUACAACUCCUGCUGCUGAUAAAAUUCUAAUAGAAAGGAACAUUUUGAUUGUACCAGAUUUGUAUAUAAAUGCUGGUGGUGUAACCGUAUCAUUCUUUGAAUGGUUAAAGAAUUUAAACCAUGUUUCAUAUGGUCGCUUAACAUUCAAAUAUGAACGUGAAUCAAAUUACCAUUUAUUAGAAUCUGUGCAAGAAUCAUUGGAACGUCGUUUUGGUCGUGUGGGAGGAAGAAUUCCUGUUACUCCUUCUGAAUCCUUCCAAAAACGUAUAUCAGGAGCAUCUGAAAAAGAUAUAGUGCAUUCUGGAUUAGAUUAUACAAUGGAACGUUCAGCUCGAGCUAUUAUGAAAACUGCCAUGAAAUAUAACUUGGGUCUUGAUCUUCGUACUGCUGCUUAUAUUAACUCGAUUGAGAAAAUUUUCACUACCUAUAAAGAAGCUGGGCAAACUUUCUAAUUCAUUUUUUUCUACUAUUUUGGUGGAAGCUUAUUAAGGAAUUUAGGUAUUUGACAAACAAGCCAAAUUCAUAUUUUUUAACUACAGUAAACUUUUAAUUAUUAUUACCAAGUUGAUAUACGAUCAGUCAUUAAUAAAACUAAUACAAAGGAAUAGAUAACUUUUUCCUUGUUAACAAAAUUCAUCUUUUAAGCAAGACAUACUUUUAAAAAAGUUCCUUUAUAGUACAAAAUCAAUGUUUGUUAUUUUUUAAAAUAUAUAUUUAUAUUUAUAUAUAUUAUAUAUACAUAAAUAUUCAUUUGAGUCCUAAUGAAUACCAAAUUCCAUAUACUUCACAACAUUGAAUUUGUACUUAAAAAUUAUGAUUUUAUAGUAUCAGUAUUUUUGAUAAUAAUAAUUCAAAUUUGAAAUUUGAAAUUAUAUUAUUAUAAACACUGUUAAAAUUGUAGUUAUAUUUUAUAGGUUUUAAUUUAAUAAAAUUAUCAUUUUAUGAAUUUGGCUAAUUGUUUUCUUUAUAUUAAAAUAAUGAAAACAUUGUUUAACUAUAUUGACUUAUUUUAAAGUUGAAAAAUUCCAAAUCAUUUUUACUUUUAAGAAAAAAAAGUAUACGUGUUUAUUCAGUAUUGUAUUAUAAAUUUUUGAAUAUCUAAUUUUAUGUUCUUCUGGUAAAUGUAAAAUCUAAUUCUUACAGUAAUUAAUUUAAUUAAAUAUACAAGUACAAAUUACUAAUCUGUGCUCAUAAUAUAUCACAAUAAUUUUAAUAUCAUAAUCAUGUAAUUGAAAGUGUGAGUAAAUUUAUGUUUUUCUUUAUUUUAUAAGGAAUAUUUAAACUUUAACUUAUAGUUUAUUGAUAUUUACAUCUAAAGAUAGUGUAAAUCAACAGUCAUUUCAUAUUUUAUGAAGUCGUAAAGAAGUAUACAAAUUAUUUAUUUUGUUUUGGAAGUUUUGUCAUAUUUUAAGUUAAUAAUUUUAAAAACUAAAAGUAUUAACUAUUUGUUAGAAAUUGUAUUAAAAUUAAUGUAUUUGUAAUCACCACUUAAUAUGAAAACUGACAAUACAUUCAUGUUGUUAAUAUUGUACGUAUUUUUAUUUUAAAGUAUGAUCUUACUCGUACAGUAUUUUUAAUAUGAAAGUUUAAAUUAUAUUUAUUAAUAUUUGUUAUUGUUGUCAAUGAUAUAUGAAUAAUUAAUUACUUUAGUUGAAUUGUUAGUUUUGUUGAAUUAUUUAGAUGUUCUUAGGUAUUACUUAUGUGUGCAAUCAAAUAUCAAAUCAAGAAGUUCAAAGUUGGAAAUUUGUAGAAGUAAUUAAUUAAAUUUUAAUAGGAGAAUAAAUCAAGUAUUACAAUU